CUCUCUAUUAUUCUGCUCUAACCGAGAGACCCGAAGGAUCUGCAGUAGUAGAGAGUGGCCGGAUGGUGAAAUCCAACCUCCAGCGGAUAUUAAAUAGCCACUGCUUUGUCAGAGAAAAGGAAGGAAAUAAAACCAACAUGCCUCUUAUUAGUAUGACCAGUAACAAAUCACGUAAUGAAAGUUCCAGGGCUUCCCUGAAUUGCUGUAGUAACCUGCGUCCCGGGCCUCAGUGGUGCUCCGAUGCCCCUCACCCACCCCUGAAGAUCCCAGGUGGGCGAGGGAACAGUCAACGGGAUCACAAUCUUUCAGCUAAUACAGUUUACUCGGAUAAUCGGCUGAUCGUGACCGAAGAGCCUUCUACCAGCAGGACUAGAAUUCUCCAGAUCCAGUCCAGGCUCACUGACUCCAGAAAGAUCAGCUGGAGAACAGUGCUCAAUAACAGCAACGUCUACAUCGAAAUCCCAGGGGGGGGGCUCCCUGAGGGCAGCAAGGACAGCUUUGCCCUCCUGCUAGAGUUUGCAGAGGAGCACCUACAAGUGGAGAAUGUUUUCAUCUGCUUCCACAAGAACCGGGAUGAUCGAGCGGCACUGCUUCGUACCUUCAGCUUUCUGGGCUUUGAGAUUGUGAGACCAGGCCACCCCCUCGUCCCGAAACGACCAGACGCAUUCUUCAUGGCCUACGCAAUUGAGAGAGACUCUUCGGAUGAAGAAUAACGGACACCUUUGCUGAAUCUUGAAUUUCUUUCCUCCCUGAUUUUGUAAACGUAUGAACCAGUAGAAAUCGUUAGCAUUUCCUUUUUCUUUUUGAGUCAAUCUGUACAGCAGGGUUUACACAUUGUGUUGUGCUGCAUUAGGGUUUGGUGAUUUUUGUUUUUUCCUUCUGUUAUCUGCACUGUGCAAAAUACUUUUGUGUGCUUGCAUGCCUAGCCACCCUAGUGGUGACUUGAAUUUUAAAAUAACAACAAAAGGAUGUUUAAUGUCCAGACUUCUAUCAUCUUUCUGAAUUAAGAUUUCCGACCUGCGUGUUUUGUGAUUGUGUGCAAAAUAAAUUGCUCACCCUAAA